AUGCCCAUCGCAACGCUCAGUACCCCGGAUGCCGUGUCCCGGCACCGCCGCUGGACGACUUAUGUCCCCGCUGCCUUGCGUCGCAUCACAACGUGGCGCGCCCGUUCAAGGCUCCGCCUGCGUGGUAUCAGAUCGAACGCUUCGGGAAACGGCGUCAAGGAUGAUCCCGUCAAGGCAUACACGCAACGGGAUGCUCGAGUCUAA